CUGGCUGUGACUGGCUGUGACUGCUCCCUCUCCCUUUCCCUCUGUCCCACUCCCAUUUAAAGCUGAGCUACAUUUAACUCAUUCACCGAUUCCAAAACAGCCUUACCAGACCCAAGAGCAAUCAUGGACCAAGUUGAGUUCAGUGGUGGGUUGAUGCAUAUUAAGGACCAUAGCUCAGGACACUUGUCUCAGGAAACAGUCAAGAAGCUGAUCCAGAAGUCUCAGGAGGCAAAGCAGCAAGCCUACUGUCCUUACAGCAACUUCAGAGUGGGAGCUGCUCUCCUGACCCUAGACAACUGUGUGAUUACAGGUUGCAAUGUGGAGAAUGCAUGUUACAAUCUGGGUGCAUGUGCUGAAAGGAAUGCUAUCUCAAAAGCAGUGUCAGAAGGCUACAGAAGUUUCAAGGCAAUUGCAAUUGCCAGUGACCUGAAAGAGAAGUUCAUCUCCCCCUGUGGUGGCUGCAGGCAGUUCAUAAGAGAGUUCGGAUUAAACUGUGAGGUGUACCUGUCAAAGCCUGACGGCUCGUACCUGAAGAUGACUGUGGACGAGCUUCUACCUGUCUCCUUUGGGCCUGAAGAACUGUCCAUGAAGAAAGUGUUUGACAUUCCUGAGUACUGAGCCUGUGUUGUUGUAUGAAACACACACAUAGACACAAGUGUUGUUCACAUGCAUGGUGUAUAAUUAAAAUGCUGCCGAAAGUUAAUGUUAAGCAGGAGUUCUAUUUAUGGCACAUUUUUGCUCUUUUUAUUAUCUGCUGAACAUCACAUAUUUACAUUUACUUUAUAUAUACACUCUUAUACACAUGAAGCUAACUGUUAAACUAUUAUUAACUGGAAAAUGCAUUAAGUAGUGAUCCAUGUACUUACUUACAUUAACAUAUUAAAUGCUGUAUUGUUUUAUACAAAUAUUUGGUUUGAGGAGGCAUGAUAGAAAAUGACAUAUCAUAACCACACAUUUUAAUAAAUAACCG